AUGUCUGUGAAGCUACCCUUGUUCGACCUAUACAACCCAUUAUCGAAAGCAAUAGUCUCUGACCUCAAAGCAGCCCUUUAUCAAUUUGGAGCUUUCCGCCUGGUAGUCCCUGAAACAACACGUCACCGUCACGACGCUAUCAUCGAAAAUGCAAGCUUAGUUCACUUGCCAGUAAUAGUGUUCGCUCGGGAAUUUUUCAAACAGCCCAUGGCAGGUAAAGCAAACAUCACAGACUACUCUCCCCUUCGAUCGGAGCGUGUUCGCGGCCGGACUGAGAUACCCAAAGAAAGUAUCUAUUUUUUUCACCAUAGCGCCGAAUUGAAGUACCCCAAUGGACCCUGUUCCACCUUAUAUUCCUCAGUCAAAUUAUUCAAUGGGUUCCCCCUCUCCAAUAUUGAAUCUGUACUAACCCUUACUUCGAAGGAAUGGACCCCUGUAAGGCUGCAUCUGCUGGAGACGGUGUCACAAGUACUGAAUGCGAACAUCCCUCUAAGGGGCACUACGCUCCUUGACUCUGUCACGGUCGGAAUUCACCAUUAUGAUUCUCGCAACCUUUCUGACCACAGCGCUCAUUUCAAUCCUCCCCAUAUGGAUAGCGGAACAUUCACAAUUUUAUUCCGUUCUCAUCAUGAGAACGACGGCCUGGAAAUCGCUGAUCUCGAAACGACAAAAAGGAAAGACAGCGAGGGGGUGGGGGCAGAGGCAUCCUUUAUACCUGUUCCUACUGCAGGUGACGGAAUACCCGAAGUGGUCGUCUUCGCAGGCACUAGGCUCCAGCGUAUACUUGGGCGGGACCAAGUUCGGGCUUGCGUCCACAGAGUGCGUGGUCCAGGUCUAGUGUGCUGUAGACGCCCUGGGGUACAGCGCAUCAGUAUGGCAAUGUUUUGUGCUCCGGCUCCCCGAAGCUCCGAAUGA